AUGGCAAAGGCAAAAGCGGCUCCAAUGCUAAUUAUGGUGGCCAGAUCUUGCUGCCUAGUCCAACGUUCGAAAGAACGCUCCCCAGCCAGCGCUCACUUUUUUCAAAUAGUCGAGAAUCAGGAACUUGUUCCGAAGAGAAUCAAGGCAAGAAUGCCACAAGAAAGCAAGUCCAAUCCACUAUUCAGCAGUCCCAGCAAGAGCCUGAGGGGGUUGAAGGGAUUGGUCUGCAACAAUAAUGAGCCUUCUUAUGCCGAAGAGAUCAUAGAUGAUCGAGAAUUAGCGCAGAGAAAAGCCGACGAAGCAGCUGCAAGGAGGUACCAGGCAGCGCAAUGGCUACGGCAGAUGGACCACGGUGCAUCAGGGGUGCUCCCAAAAGAACCCGCCGAGGAAGAAUUCCGUUUGGCACUUCGAAAUGGCCUCGUUCUUUGCAACGUACUCAACAAAGUCAAUCCCGGUGCUGUAUACAAGGUGGUGGAAAAUCCGGUCCUAGAUGUGCAGGCCACAGAGGGUGCAGCUCAAUCCGCUAUUCAAUAUUUCGAGAACAUGAGGAAUUUUCUAGUCGCAGUUGGCAAAAUGAAGCUCCUGACUUUUGAAGCAUCUGAUCUUGAAAAGGGAGGAUCAUCAAGCAAAGUUGUGGAUUGCAUUCUUUGUUUGAAAGGAUAUCAUGAAUGGAAGCAAUCUGGAGGAAUCGGAGUGUGGAGAUAUGGCGGAACUGUGAGAAUUACAUCUUGCCCGAAGGAAUUGCAAUCUUCUUUAGUCGGAAAUGAAAGUGCUGAUGAAUCACUAGAUGAUUCUGAAUCAUCACAAUAUGAACAACUAAUGGAGUUCCUCCAGUUUUCAACCGAGAUUUCACUUGAGGAAUCCAAGGCAGCCAAUGUACUCACCUUCAUUUUUGAUCAUUUUAGUCUUGGUCUUCUACAGGCUUUUCUGAGAGAGAGCAUUGAGUUUGACAACUUGCCAUUAAGUCCAAUGGUCAUUGAUGUUGUCUUCAGGAAGGUAAUUAAGGAUUUCUCAGAAUUAUUGAUUUCUCAAAGCAACCAGCUUGGAUUAUUUUUGAAGAAAAUUCUGUAUACUGACUGUGUUCAUCUAUCAAAAUCUGAACUUCUCAAAGCCAUAUCAAAGUACCUUAGUAAAAGGACAAGUCUAGUAUCAAGGGAUAUUUCCAGUUUCUGUAUCUGUGGUGGAAAGGGUGAAGGAAUAUGGCCAAAGAAUGGUUCCUCUGGUGGUAGUGGGGAACUACUUGACCUUCAACAGAAACACCUAGAGGAUCUUAAAACUCUUUUUAGAGAGACGAAACAAGAAGUCCAGUGGGUUCAGUUAGGAUGGGAGCAAGAACUUCAAAGGCUCGAACACCAUUUUAAGACCAUUGAAGUGGCUGCUUCUUCUUAUCACAAAGUUUUGGAAGAGAAUCGACUACUUUACAAUCAAGUCCAAGACCUAAAAGGGACUAUUAGAGUUUUCUGUAGAGUAAGGCCUUUCCUUCCGGAGCAGUCUCAUGGACAAUCUACAGUUGAUUACAUUGGAGAAAAUGGAAACAUCAUGAUUGUUAAUCCCCAAAAGCAGGGUAAAGAUGCAAGGAGGGUUUUCACAUUUGAUAAAGUUUUUGGCACAAAUGUGACACAAGAACAAAUAUAUGCAGAUACUCAACCAUUGAUCAGAUCUGUACUCGAUGGUUAUAAUGUUUGUAUAUUUGCAUAUGGUCAGACUGGCUCAGGGAAGACAUAUACAAUGAGUGGUCCUGAUUUGACAACAGAGGAGACAUGGGGGGUGAAUUAUCGUGCUCUACGUGACUUGUUUAGCAUUUCAAAGGCAAGAAUGGAUGUAAUAGAAUAUGAGGUUGGAGUCCAAAUGAUUGAGAUAUACAAUGAACAAGUGAGAGAUUUGUUGGUCAUUCAUGGGAGUAAUAGAAGAUUAGACAUCCGCAACAAUUCUCAGUUAAACGGUCUUAAUGUUCCUGAUGCGAGCUUGGUUGCUGUUAGAUGUACUAAAGAUGUUCUUGAUUUGAUGAAAAUUGGACAAAGAAAUCGUGCCGUGGGUGCCACAGCUUUGAAUGAGCGGAGUAGUCGAUCUCACAGCAUUUUAACAAUUCAUGUCCGAGGAAAAGAACUAGUCUGUGGAUCCAUGUUAAAGGGUUGCCUUCACUUGGUAGAUCUAGCUGGAAGCGAGCGAGUAGAUAAAUCUGAAGCUGUUGGGGAGAGAUUGAAAGAAGCUCAACAUAUUAACAGAUCUCUCUCUGCACUUGGGGAUGUCAUUUCUGCUCUUGCACAGAAGAGUUCUCAUGUUCCCUAUAGAAAUAGCAAGCUUACACAAGUACUCCAAGAUUCAUUAGGGGGUCAUGCUAAGACAUUGAUGUUUGUGCAUAUAAACCCAGAGGUUAAUGCUGUAGGUGAAACAAUUAGCACCUUGAAAUUUGCAGAAAGAGUUGCCACAAUAGAUCUGGGGGCAGCUCAAUCUAAUAAAGAAGCCAGCGAGCUUAGAGAAUUUAAAGAGGAGAUCUCAAACCUUAAGCUCGCACUGGAGAGAAAGGAGGCUGAAUUAGAGCAACUAAAAAGUAGGACUAAUAUUCAAGGCAUGCUAUCACCUCUUCGGGUAUCAAAAAAUGGCAAUUGUGUUAAUUUGAAGCCUGAGACUGGUCAACAACACGGCUCAGAGGUACGAAGCUGUUCCUCAGGUAAGCAGAGAAAGCCUAGAGUUCCCUCUAAGUUCACAGACAAGGACGUUGUGCAAAAAAUGCCUUUUCUAGCUGAAGAGAGAUCAGUGGGCUCCAUUAAGCCUAGAUCUCCAUCUCCUCCUAUUAGGAGAUCAACAUCAACUGAUAGAGGUUCCCUAAUCAGAAGUAGAAUCAGACAUGAUACUCUUGAUACCCUGCCUGUCAUGAAACAAGUCUUUCCAUCUUCUAUUUCGGCCAGUAAAUCCGUCACCAACAUAGCUGCAAUCACCCCAUCAGCAGCAAAUACACGUUUGUAUCCAGGUUCCCAAGAGCCAAUGAAGCAGGAUAAUGUUUCUGAUUUAUUCAACAGCCUCCAAAGGGCCACGACUCGGAAAGUUCACCUGGAAAAGGAAGAUGAACAAUUUAAGCAAGCACUAAAUGUACGGCAAGGUGGCAUCAGAAAAAGCAAACCUGAGAGUAAAGUCAGGUCCAAACAUCAGUUGCCAGCUAAGAAUCAAAAGUCUGACAUUUCAGAGACACUUUCUGAUAUGGAUAAUUGCAAAAUGCUGGAGGCUAAAAAAACUGAUUUUUCAAAUCCUGAAAUUGAGCCUGUUCAGUUGCCAGUAUGUGGUACGACUAGAACACAUAAGCUUCAUAGAAGCUUCUCAAGGAACUCUCAACAUCUUGAGCCGAGAGAACCAGCACAAAUGGUGGAACCCUCAUUGGCUGGGUACCAUGAAAAUAAAUUUCCCAACAGUGUACUUCAGAAUGUAAAGGAAGCCGGCAAUUCAUCAGUGCCUGAAUUUCGGAGGAAAUCUCCUCAAGUUUUGGAUCCAUUUUGCAUGGUCUUCAGGGUUGGGAACUUGAAUGGUAUCAGGAAAAAAAUUGUUGGAUCGAUUUACCUGCAAUUCAUGCAGAUUUUAUCCUUUGGCCUGAAGCAUUUGAAUUCGAUGGAUUCAAGAAAAUCGAGGUUUGCAAAAUUUAGUAGCAGCUUAGAACCAACCUCUGAUUACUAUAUAGCAGUGGUUUCUGAAGAAGAGGUGGUUUUAGUGCUAGGACAGGGUAAAAGGGAGCACAACAUAAUCAUUGAGUCUGCUCUAUCCGGCCCUUGUGAUCCCAAAAAAUGGAUUAGUAUAGACGGGAUUGCUUCAAUUCGCAUAACAAAUUUGCAUUGGAGAUUUAGAGGCAAUGUAACAAUUAUGGUGGAUGAUUUGCCCGUACAAAUUCUGUGGGACGUUCAUGAUUGGCUGUAUAAUGGCCAGCAUCUGGGAGCAGGACAGGGUAAAAGGGAGCACAACAUAAUCAUUGAGUCUGCUCUAUCCGGCCCUUGUGAUCCCAAAAAAUGGAUUAGUAUAGACGGGAUUGCUUCAAUUCGCAUAACAAAUUUGCAUUGGAGAUUUAGAGGCAAUGUAACAAUUAUGGUGGAUGAUUUGCCCGUACAAAUUCUGUGGGACGUUCAUGAUUGGCUGUAUAAUGGCCAGCAUCUGGGAGCAGGUGUAUUUAUCUUCAAGCAAGGUACAGAUGAACCUGAAAGUAUUCCGCUUGAUGGGGAAGAUUCAGCAAACCAGUCCUCCUCCAUAGAUUUCUGCCAUUUUCUCUUUGAUUGGAAAACUGAAUGA